GCCAGAACAAGAAUUUCAUGUAGCUUACUCUGCUAACAAAGAAGAAAACCCAUACUUGCAAGAUAAUAUACCCAUUACUAACUGUGCAGGCUUACAAGAAAAUGAUUUAACACAAGAAGAAAAAAUGGGCCUUUUACUAGCACCUCACGAUGAACUGGCUACACUGUAUCUUAAUACAGAACCACAGGCAGAAAACAAAAAUACAAAUAAAACAUUACCUAUAAUGGAA